AUGGACAGUCUACCGGCUACAUCUUCUCCUCCUGCAGAGUAGAUGACCAUGCGUUUUCAGGCCCCUGAGACCCUGCCCCUACAAGCUGAAAAAGCCAGCACAGCAUUCACUGUAGUUGUUAUCACCUUGGGGCUCUUCACUCUGUUCUCAGUGAUGACCUUGAUCUUCUUUUACCUGCACAAAAACAAAGGCAGCUACGUCACCUACAACCCAGCAGAAAGGAAGGCCAGUGGCACCCUCCAGAUGGAGAGUGGCUCAGCCAAGGGCAGGGAGAAGGGAAGUGCUUCAUCUGAUGAUCCCCAGAGGCUGAUUCUGUAG